AAUAAAGUUCUUUCAACGAGAAAUUCAACUCCAAAGACCACUGCAAGAACUGCAAUGGACGCAAAGUGGAACGGCAGAAGAAAAUUCUUGAAGUUCACGUUGAUAAAGGUAUGAGAGAUGGUCAGAAAAUUACAUUCACUGGAGAAGGCGACCAGGAACUCGGGUUGGAGCCUGGGGAUGUAAUAAUAGUUCUGGAUCAGAAGGAGCACCCUUUGUUCCAGAGAAAAGACAAUGAUUUGACAAUGAAGAUGAACAUCAAACUCGCCGAGGCUCUGUGUGGUUUCAAGAAGACGAUCCAAACAUUAGACGACAGAAUGCUCAUCAUUAGCUCACACCCAGGUGAAGUAAUCAAGCACGGUGACAUUAAAUGUGUUCAGAACGAGGGCGUGCCAGUCUACAGGGAACCUUUUGAGAAGGGACAGCUUUUCAUUCAUUUUCAGGUGGACUUUCCAGAGAAAGGCUGGCUACCAGAUCAUCUCAUGUUCCAGCUGGAAAGACUGCUUCCUCCCAGGGACGACGUGAUGAUUACUGACGACAUGGCGGAGGUUCAACUUUGUGAGGUGGAUGUGCGGACACAUCAGCAAAGUACCAGUGGGGAACCUUAAGAGGAAGACGAGGAGGGUCCAAGAAGUGGAGUGCAAUGUCAGACGCAGUAAUCAAACAAAA